AUGUAUUCUAGCACCGGAAUAUCGGACGACAGUGGAGCUUUGUUCCAUUCGGACCAUAAUCCACGUGCCAGCUAUCGGCGUGAAUUUGAGGAGAUGGAAAAUCGCAUACGUAGAUGUGAACGCCAGCGGGCAGAACUGGAGCGACAGUUUGAGGACUUAAUGCGUGAACGAGCGGAUUGUGAAAAGGCUGCCGUGCGAGCAAUGAAACAACGCCAACGACGCCAGAUGGAAGCGGAAAGGCAACGAGCAGAGCGUAAUGAGAGUAUCCUACGAAUGCUGAACAAAAUCGAUCUACAGGCGGCAUCGUUGGCGGCCAAAACGGAUCGACUGAAGAUGUUAAAGACCCAGUACGAGAUGUAUCUGAUGCGUACCUGGUCGACAGCAUCACAAGCUUUGCCAGCGUACAGUGUUCCGAUGAUUACUGCACCACCAGCAACGCUUUCCAAACCGCUUCCUCAAAGUCCACCCAAAUCUGAAUUCGUUCAAUAUCUUACCGAUCUAACACAUCAGCAAACGGUCAGCAGCAAUUCCAUUCCGCCUCCAACGGCUUUAAGUAACUAUCUUGCUUCCCAGCAGAAACCAUUCGCACUGACGCCUUCCCAGGGUGCACCGGUAGAACGUCCUUAUUCGAGAGCGUUUCAUAGUAAUGCUGACUUACAAACUGAUAAUUCGAUGAUGAACUACGGAGCUAGUCCAACGCCAAUGGCUAGCACACGGGCUAGCAAGUUUGAAAUGUCAAACGAGGACUUUAUCCGGUACAUCGAUAGUGAGGUGCUUAAGGAACCGAUACCGAAGGUUAGCGUUGUUGCUCCUUCGCCGGUAUUAGAAGUGGCGGAAGUGAAACAGACCACUGGAGCAUACCUUGAAGAUGCUACGAUGAGUGAGGAUGAGCCGGUUGGAGAGCUAUCCAACAAGUUGAAGGAGUUUAGCGUUAUGGUAGAUGCAGAGAAUAAGAAGGACGCUGGAAGUAAUUCUACUUACGAACUGAUACAAGAUGACACCCAACCGCUUGAGGAGGUGAUCAAAGGUGGUAAGAAACUGGAUGAACUUUUAGAAAUGGGAGUUCGUCAUACUAAUCCCAUUAUACCGUGUAUUCUUGCAGGCCAGGGAUACAAUACAGUUGCUCAAGAAGAGAAAGAUGAUCGUCCUUUCAAUGAACCGUAUAUUGCUGAGACAUUUGAAGAGGAUCGUGUAAUCGAUGUUGAGACUAAUUACAAAGCGGAUAAUGAUAAUCAAAAGGAAAAGCUGGACGCUCAGUAUGACCAAAAUAUCCAAGAGUUACACGAUGAUGCAAAUGCUGCGGAAAUGAAUAUUCCCUACGCCGUUAAUGAAAAUGAACUGAAAAUGGAUGAAGGUUCACGUGAAUGGCAAAAUACAGUCCCUCAAGAAGAGCAGAACGCAAACCACGAAAUUACAUACGAACCAUCCGAUGGUAAUGCGGAUUAUCUUGAAGGAGCUCAUCAAAUGGAUGAAAAUGUGUACAAACCAGCACAAUCAGAAGACCCACUAUAUGAUAACCAACAGUAUAGUACUUCGAGUGAGGUAAUAAAGUCAGAACUUACUGCAGAAGGUAAUAGUGGGCAGCAACAGCAGCAGCCACAACCGAUGCAGCAAUAUGAAACGCGAAACCAACAUUGGACUACUGCACGACAAGCGCUGCGAUCGAAAGCAUUCCCUGGAGCAUCGUCUAAGCCACCGUAUCCCGAAACGGAUCAAGUUGAGCAAGGGUAUACUGAGGUUCUAAACGAAAAUGCUGCGACGGCAGAUUCAAUUGACGUAGAUCAGACAGUCGUUCAAAACUCUACUGUCGAUCCCUCCAAGGAUCCCCCAAAUACUGAGUAUCCCGCAUAUCCUGUAGAUUCGCACGAUCCUUACUAUCAAACCGAACAAUCUGCAGAACAAAUGCCAACUCCGCAGACCACCUCCGCAGAGCAGGGAUAUCAUAAUGAUGCGAUGGGACAACCGGUAGAAUAUCAACAGCACGAUGCGCAACAAUCAGCAGCCUAUCAGUACGUGACCAAUCAGGAAGGACAGUAUGUCGAAGGAGCGGAUCAAGCUCAAUAUCAGUACCAGGACGCUACCGAUCCGAUGGUUAGCUCUUAUGCGACUCAGGAAGGAUAUCAGGCGGAUCCGAAUCAGCAGUAUCAGUAUGAUGAAAACGCACAAUACUACAACGAUCAGCAAGCUUACGACGCACAGUACUAUAGUCAAGACCCACAGCAACAACAGAAACAGCAGCAGUACUACAUGGAUGAGACCAAUCAACAGGUGGAAGGACAGUACGAGCAAUCGCAAGAGCAACAGAUCGUCCAUCCAACAGAUCAAUAUCCCACAGCUUCAGAAUCGAACGAGCAAACAGCGUACUAUCCUCCCGAUGGACAGUACGAACAAUCGACCCUGCCUAAUCCCGAGCACAUGGAGCCUUCGCCAAACAGUACUGCUGCCACUGCGACUACCGCUGGUGAAACUCAAUUAGCUGAGGAACAAACCGCCAUUGAGCCAUCGACCGUUAUCGAUUCCACGUUGGUGAAAGAUAAACAAGACAAGACAGCUACCGAUGCUUCACCACCACCGCCGGCUCAGACCACCGGUGACCAAAAGCCGGCCAAGAAGGAUGGCGAUCCGGGAUCGGAUGUGCCAACGCUAAGCACCGUGAACGAUGAGAGUGAUUUCGAUUUCUCCUCCCAGUGAU